CUUCUCAGUGCGGCGGCGGCGGCGGCGGUGGCGGCUCGGGGGACCGGGGCCUUUUGUUUGGAGCGGCUGCGGGGGGCCACGGAGCGGCGAGGCCCGCGGCCUUCCCCAGCUCGCUCGGUCCCGGCCGCCCCUUGCGGGGUUGCGGGGCCGCCCCGUGGGCCGCCCGUCGCCUCAGGCGCCGCCGCCCCGCCCUAGGCCCGCCCCGCCCGGCCUGAGGGGAGGAACCGGCCGGGCCUCCGCCGCGCGGCCCAGCCAGCUCCGGAGUAUUCGCUGUUCUCCGCUGAGCUCUGCACCCGAGGCUGCUGCCCCUCGCGCCUUAGACCGACGCCAUGAAGAUCAAGGAUGCCAAAAAACCCUCUUUCCCGUGGUUUGGCAUGGACAUUGGGGGAACUCUAGUAAAGCUCUCAUAUUUUGAACCUAUUGAUAUCACAGCAGAGGAAGAACAAGAGGAAGUUGAGAGCUUAAAAAGCAUUCGGAAAUAUUUGACUUCUAAUGUAGCAUAUGGAUCUACUGGCAUUCGGGAUGUACACCUCGAACUGAAGGACUUAACACUUUUUGGACGAAGAGGGAACUUGCACUUUAUCAGAUUUCCAACCCAGGACCUGCCUACUUUUAUCCAAAUGGGAAGAGAUAAAAACUUCUCAACCUUACAAACGGUGCUGAGUGCUACAGGAGGUGGUGCUUACAAGUUUGAGAAAGAUUUUCGCACAAUUGGAAACCUCCACCUGCACAAACUGGAUGAACUUGACUGCCUUGUAAAGGGCUUGCUGUAUAUAGAUUCUGUCAGUUUCAAUGGACAAGCAGAAUGCUAUUAUUUUGCUAAUGCCUCAGACCCUGAGAGAUGCCAAAAGAUGCCUUUUAACCUGGAUGAUCCUUAUCCACUGCUGGUAGUGAAUAUUGGCUCAGGAGUCAGUAUUUUAGCAGUCCAUUCCAAAGACAACUAUAAAAGAGUGACUGGAACAAGCCUUGGAGGUGGUACCUUUCUUGGUUUAUGCAGCUUAUUGACUGGCUGUGAAAGUUUUGAAGAGGCUCUUGAAAUGGCAUCCAAAGGUGACAGCACCCAAGCUGAUAGGCUGGUCCGUGAUAUUUAUGGAGGAGAUUAUGAAAGAUUUGGUCUGCCAGGUUGGGCUGUGGCAUCUAGUUUUGGGAAUAUGAUUUAUAAGGAGAAGCGAGAAACUGUUAGUAAAGAGGAUUUGGCGAGAGCUACUUUAGUUACUAUCACCAAUAACAUUGGUUCCGUGGCCCGGAUGUGUGCUGUUAACGAGAAAAUAAACAGAGUUGUCUUCGUUGGAAACUUUCUACGUGUUAAUACUCUCUCUAUGAAACUUCUGGCAUAUGCUUUGGAUUACUGGUCAAAAGGUCAAUUGAAAGCAUUGUUUCUAGAACAUGAGGGAUACUUUGGAGCUGUUGGUGCACUUCUUGGACUGCCAAAUUUCAGCUAAAAGAUUGGAGAUCUUUACUAAGAAAUGUCAUCUAGGAGGAACUGAUCCAGAGACUGCAUUCAUUAUUUGUCACUGGGAACCAAAGGAUAAAAGAGUAAUGCUAUUUGUGUCGAUUUUAAAUGUCAGAACAGUGAGCUUAUGAGCUUUGCCACCUGGAAAGACCUCUGUAAUGGGAAAUAAUCCUCAUUGAUUGUCCCCUUGUGUGUAUAUAUAACCAGCGUUCAGUCUUAAAUGCAAUACAGCCUCUUGAUUGUUGAACUUUUCUCAAGAAAUGAUUUUCUAUUUAUUUGAUGUAGCCAACAUUGUAGUACUGUAUGCUCAAACAUAAAUCUUCAAGUCUCAGAAAUGUUUGCUUAUAUGCAAAAUAAUUAAUACUAAAUAAUUUGUUUUGAGUCUGUUUUAUGUAUGUUUGGUUACUAGUGAACAGAAAGUUACAUACUCAGUAUGGUAAUUUUAUUGUACUGGCAAUCAAAGAUGAUCAUUUUCUGUGACGUUAGGAAUGUUAAGGCAAUAUUAAGUAUUAACUAUGGUAGUAGUUUUAUAACAUAUCCUUCCCAAAAAAGCAUGUCUAUAUGACCUCUCCCCUUAAAUACACUCUUCUCUCAGUUGAUGAGUUGAAAUACCAUGUUUAAAUAUGAACCUGAAGUUUUCUUUUGAA